AUGCCUGAGUUCAGAUUCAUCGCCUCGGACACGUCGGGCGGGAAGCUCCAACCCGCCGACAAGGAAGCGCGAAGCCAUGCCAUCAAGCAGGGCCUGCAGCGAGGCGCCCAGGCCCGCUCGGAAACCGACAAGACGAGCCGUCAAGCCCAGGACGCCACGAGCCGCAGGGCCGACCUCAGGGGACGCUUUCGACUCGCGGGCGCGCAGUCUGGGGCCGAGGCUCUGCGGAAAGCGGGCACGCGGGCUUACCAGCAGCCAGACUGGACGGCCUGGUUCAAGAAUGACCGUGCCAAGAGCAGCAACGCAUCAAGGGGUCAGACGACUCCCUUCAAGUCGGUCCCGCGGCUAAAGGCCCACGUCAUGGAUCCCUUCAACAGCCUGCCGAUUCCGAGCAGUCCGACGAUUGACUCUCUUGCCAAGUAUUUCGUCAACGGCUUCAGUCUGAACCUGACGACGGUGGACAAGCAACGGCCAUGGUUCCCCUACGCCAUGCAGAGCGAGCUCGUCAUGCGUGCAACGCUCGCCUUGGCCGCGGGUUUCUGGACCGCCAGUCUCCCCUCCCUCGACGCCAGGCUCCAGAUUGAGGGCUACCGCCAAAAGGGAGAGGCCAUGCGAGCCAUCAGCAGCCGCCUCCAGACCACGGCGUCUUCGAGAGUGGCAAGCCGAGACACGUCGGUCCUGGCCGCCGUCGCUACUCUCGCCAACGUCGAGGAAAGCGGCGGCCCAGACACCAUUCGGCACGACUACAUCCUCUGCCGUUGCAUCAACUGGGUCGACGUCCAAGUAGCCUCCGGCCUCGGACGCAUCCCCUUCUUCCCGACCUUCCACACCCUCGACCAGGUCGUCCUCCCGGCGCACAUUCUCCACCAAGCCGUCGUCCCGCCCCUGUCCGACCUCGGCAUCGAGGAGGCCAACGGCUCGGCAACAGCCGCGUGCGUCCACACAAUCCUCACGCUGCUCCGGCAGGCCAUCUGCGCGCAGACAAGCGACAGCGUCGGCGCCGACGGCAUCCGCAUCCUCAUGGGCACGGCGGACAGCUGCAUCCUCAACUUUCUCUACGGCGGUGCCGCCGGGGCCGCCGACUAUCGUUUGUCCUCGUCGUCCGCGGCCUCAUACGCAGCCCCAUCGUCGUCGGCCGCGCACGCCGCCGACAAGAGGGUCCGCGCCCUCGUCCUGGGCGCCCACAUCUUCCUCUACGUCGCCCUGCGCGACGUCCCGCCGACGAGCCAGCUCCUGACCAUCCUCUGCUGCCGGCUGCGCGCGCUGCUGACGGAGCUCGACGAGCCGCCAGCCGCCGGCGUCGGCCGCGGCGCCCUCUCGCUGUGGCUGGCCUUUGUGGGCCUCGUCGGGUCGGGCGGCGGUCACGGCGCCGCCGCCGGGAGCGAGAACGCGCAGUGGUUCGCGGCCAUGUUCCAGACGGCGCUGCGGGACACGACGCCCGGGGGCACGCUGACCGAGGCUGGUCGGCGGGACCUGCGGACUACGCUGCGGUCGUUCCUGUGGGAGGAGCGGCACUGCCGGGCGGUUCUCGACACGCUCGAGCGCCGGCACAGCGUGUCUCCGCCGCCGGAUGUCGAGGACGUUGGCGUGGAAAUAGUGGGUGGCGGGGAUGAGUAA